AUGUCCGAAGGAAGAUACGUGCGAUUGAACCGCUUUAAUGGUGGUAGUAGUGAAGAAGAAGAGUUUGCGACGACCGAGUGUUUGGAGGUAGGGAGGUUUGUUCGCGCUCCAGUUGUUCAUGAUGUCGACGGCGAGUAUGAAGACCAAAAUGAUGGAGACCAGCAAUACGACCCCCACCGGAUUGAAACUGAUACUAACUAUGAAAACAACGCUUUGAAGAAGCAAGUCGCUGACAUGGAGAAGAAGAUCGCGGACCUGUCAGCUGAAGUUAAAAGUUCCCGGGAGCGUGAUAUCAGCAGAAAUGAUGCAGAGGAAAGUUGGAACAGCUUUCGCAAUGGGCGAUCGUCUCAGGCAGAGGGACAUAUCCCAUCUAUACGCUGGGACCAAAUGAAGCCAUUUCCAAAAAACGUCGCCGCAAAUAAAAUGUGGGAAGAAUGGUCAAAAUAUAUAGAAAACUUCGAAAUCGCUGCAUCGUUGUCCAAUGCUAUUGACCCCACGCGGCGAUCGCAACUACUUUUUCUUUCGAUGGGCGAGGAAAUGCAGGGAAUCGUUCGUGCUGCUAAAUUAAGACCGAAUUUGAACAGUGAAAACUGCUACGCAGACUUCAUAAGAAACAUCGAAGAACAUCUAAGGUCCAUGACCGACACCGCAGCGGAGCAUGAAGCAUUUUCGUCUAUGCAGCAAGAGAAAGGAGAGACUGUGGUCGGUUUUCACGCCAGACUUAUGCAGAAGGUGCGUCUAUGCCGGUAUAGUUCGUGUGACCAGGAGCGAUUCGUGCGUGCUCAACUGCUCAAAGGUAUGGCGAAUCGCGAAUUGGCUAGAACAGCGCGAACGUUUGGCCACGAGACGAACUUCAUCGUGCAAUCAGCAACGCGGGAUGAAGCCUAUCAAACGGAAACUAUCCAUGCAAGCCGAUCGUAUGAUCAAACGGUCAACUAUCUGAAUGCUCUAACCCUUGAAGAUGUGUUGGUCGAAUGCCGGCUGGGAUCGUCUGCCCCCAUUAAAUUUCUCAUUGAUUCGGGUGCGGAUGUCAACGUCGUUGGUGGAGACGAUUGGAGUAAAUUAAAAAAACAAUAUGUAUCAGGAUCAGCUAAGCUGGAACCCAUAGCAACGCCUUUGGAUAGAGGAUUACGAGCGUAUGGUACCGGAAAGCCUUUAAAGAUAGAUUUUGCCUUCAGAGCUCAAGUACAAGAGAAGAGUUCCGCACAUUUUGUGACAGCCGAUUUUUUAGUGGUCACGGAUGGGAAGCGAUCUUUGCUAGGCAGAUCGACGGCAAAUGAUCUGAGGCUCCUUCUCGUAGGAACGCAGAUUAACAUUUGUGAGGUCACUUCAAACGAUUAUUUUCCAAAAAUGCCCGGCGUGAAAAUCAACUUUAGCAUCGAUCCUAGUAUCCCACCUUCACGAAACGCUUACUAUAACAUUCCAGCUGCUUACCGGGAAGGCGCGCGGCAGCGACUGAUGGAAAUGGAAGCAAGCGGAAUCAUUGAAAGAGUUACGACGGCCCCGCAGUGGAUAAGCGGAAUGUCUGCGGUGGCAAAAGGCAAGGAUGACUUCAGAUUGGUAGUUAAUAUGAGAGCCCCGAAUAAAGCCAUCAAGCGUGAGUACUUCCGCUUACCGCUUGUAGACGAAAUGAAGGUAAAAUUACACGGAGCCAAAUAUUUCACUAAGCUGGACUUGAAAAAUGCUUACUACCAUCUCGAGCUCAGUGAGGAGUCCCGAGAUUUGACGACGUUUCUAGCGGAGAAUGCAAUGUUCCGUUUUACGCGAUUAAUGUUUGGGGUAAAUUGUGCCCCAGAGAUUUUUCAGCGUGAAAUGUGUCGAAUCCUUGAGAAGGUAGAAAAGAAAAUUAUUUAUAUAGACGACAUUCUACUUUUCGAGGACACUUUAGAGGAGCUACAAAGAAAUGUAAAUCAGGUGCUUGAAAUCUUGCGAGCAAACAAUCUAACGCUCAAUACCAACAAGUGUGAAUAUGAUAAAACUCAAAUUACGUUCCUCGGUCAUAUGCUUGAUAAAGAUGGAUUCCAUAUUGAAGACGCAAAAGUCAGUGCUAUACGGAAAUUCCGGAAACCUACCACAGUUUCCGAACUACGGAGCUUCCUAGGCCUUGCAUCGUACGUGAGCCCCUACAUACGGAAUUUCGCUGAGAUUUCUAAUCCUCUUUGGUCUACAGUGGGAGUGAAACAAUGGUACUGGGGUGAACGUCAGGAAAAAUCAUUUAACGAUCUGAAGAAAGAAAUAAUUCGUUGCACUGUUGCCCUGGGUUAUUUCGCAGAGAAUGAGGAUACUGUGCUUUACACAGAUGCAUCGCCGAACGCACUAGGUGCAGUUUUGGUCCAGGAGAGCGCUGGCAAGAAUCCUCGGGUCAUCAGUUUUGCAUCCAAAGCAUUAACGGAGACAGAGAAAAAAUAUGCUCAAAAUCAACGGGAAGCCCUUGCCGCGGUCUGGGCCGUUGAGCAUUUUUCUUAUUUCUUAUUGGGACGCCAUUUUACAUUGAGAACCGAUGCCACAGGAGUGGCAUUCAUAAUGAACCGAUCUCGCGAAAAUACAAAAAGAGCGUUAACUAGAGCGGACGGCUGGGCGCUUAGAUUAAGCCCCUAUAACUAUACCAUUGAGUAUGUCAAAGGGAAUGAUAAUAUAGCAGAUCCAUCUUCGCGUUUGUAUCAAGGAAGCGACAAACCUUUCGACGAGACAUCAAGUCCUUGGGAAAUAGCUCAUCUUGAGGCCAACAUCAAAAAUUUCUUGACUGAGGAGGAAAUCAAGCGGUGUACUGAGAGUGAUAAAAUACUACAGCAGGUCAUUGAAGCGAUGGACUCGGGCGAUUGGCCAAAACAUCUAUGGAAGUUUCAAGCAGUGUCAGAUGACCUAUCUACGAAGAAUGGUUUGCUAAUAAAACUCGGAUGCGUCGUAAUACCGGAGCAGUUGCGCCAGAGGACAUUAGAAGUAGCUCACAAGGGUCAUCCGUUAGCGGCCAAGCUGAAAAUGUGGGAGACGAUUGCAGUGGAUUUUAACGGUCCAUAUGCGAGAUUCGGAGGAAUAUUGAUAUUGGUGAUAAUCGACUAUAGAUCGAGGUACGCAAUUGCAAGACCGACGAAAUCGACUUCUUUUGAGAAUACUAGGAAGAUCCUGGAUGACGUCUUUAAUAAGGAAGGAUUCCCUAAGGCGAUAAAAUCAGACAACGGGCCGCCGUUCAACAGCGAAGAGUAUAAAAAUUAUUGCAUAGAAAGGGGGAUUCAGCCUAUUUUCUCAACUCCAUUUUUCCCUCAGCAAAAUGGAUUAGUUGAGAAUUUCAUGAAAAUCAUCAACAAAGCCAUGGCGACUUCAUCAUCAACCGGAAAUAAUUUCAAUGCUGAACUACAGGCAGCUGUAAAUGCACACAAUUCGGCAGCUCAUACAGUGACAAAAAUGGCACCGGAAGUAGUCAUGUAUGGAAGGAAGAUACACCGGGGGUUACCAUUAAUAAAUCGAGGAAAUGUAACCAUAGAUGAGCAGUUAUUAAACGCGAGAGAUAUGAAGGCAAAGCUACAAUCGAAAGAAGCUGAAGAUAUUCGACGGUGCGCUAAGCCGAGUCAAAUUCGUCCUGGUGAUAUCGUUAUAGUGGAACGACAAUCAAAAGCUAAGGGUGAAACGAGAUUUGAUAGAACUCGUCACACUGUGGUACAUGAGAAUAAUGGGAGCUUACUUCUAAGCGAUGAAGAUGGUCGUCUGGUACGGCGUCACGUCACUCAAACUAAACGGGUGCAUCAAUGGACAAACUCGGAAUCAAAAUCAGCAGCAGAAAGGGAAGAUAACACCACUGAUGUCACGGUUUCUGUUCGACCGUCAAGACUAAAAAGAGCGCCGACACACUUGUCUGACUACGUAAGACAAAUCGAAAUGAACUAA